AGAAAAUGAAAAUGUGACGCCGAAGCUGAGAUCUCUGAAUGAGUUAUUGUUCUUCAGCCGCGUGAACGAAGCUGAAGCUUCAUUAGAAUCGAGUUUUGUGAAGGUGUGAGGUUUAAGAAGAAAAAAAAAAGAUAUAAAGAAUGAGGUCAUUGUUAUUGUUGUUGAUUGCCUUGUCUUUCAGCUACGUCUUUGCGGAACACAUCUUCCCUGUUCAUAUCGGUAGCAUAUUUGGUGGUGGUGGUGGCGGCGGCAGUAGUGGAAGUUCUCGUGAACCGAAAUACAAGAUUGAAUUCCACCCCGAAGAUUCCCCUUUUCACCCUGAUGAUGACCAGGAAUCUAUAGUCGUACCGGAUAAAAAUGGACAUAAAUUUAUUUGUUACUUGCCUAAGGUGGAAAAGGAAAAGAGUGGAAAGCCUGUUAUGCAGCACAACGUUAGCAGCAUGAUUGUUGAAACUGAGAAAAGGAUUAAACAGAAGACACCAGAUGAACUGUUAGAAGUAUUGAAGGGUCCAUGCUUUAUCAGACAAGAAGGUUGGUGGUCCUAUGAGUUUUGCUAUCAAAAGAAGUUGCGACAACUACAUUUGGAGGAUGACAAGGUAGUCCAGGAGUUUGUCUUGGGAGUGUAUGAUCCGGAGGCAACAGCUGCAAUUAACCAAAAUCUUUCUGACAUUUCUACAUUGAAGGAUCCUCGCUCAAAGGAUGCCUCACAAAGGUACCAUGCUCACCAAUAUACUAAUGGAACCACAUGUGAUCUAACAAAUAAGCCAAGAGAGACUGAGGUGAGGUUUGUAUGCUCAGAACCCAGGGCAAUGAUCAGUUCAAUCACAGAGAUUUCAACUUGCAAGUAUGCACUUACAGUUCAAGUCCCUACGCUAUGCAAGCACCCAUUGUUUCAAGAGGAGAGACCGAUAUGGCACACCAUCGACUGUAAUGUGCUUCCAAAGGAUUACAAGUAUACUAAAGUGAGACAAGAUAACAGAGAUGCGGAUAUUGUUAUGGUUACAGAUUCAGAAACUAAUGAUUCAGAACAAUGACGUAAAUAUACAAAAUGGAAAGAAAAAAAAAGGAUGUUGUUCAGCUUGUAUGUUCUACAAUGACCAAAAAGCGGCAUGAAGAUAGCCUUCUCUACAAGCCUUCCUCCAAACAGUGGAUAAACAGUGCUUUUUCAUCUUUCAUAAGAUCAGAUUUCCCGAAAAGUGUAUUUCAUCUUUAGGUGGCUCUUGGAGCUUAUGCAAGAUUUGUAUUUUUCUUCUUCGCAUGUUAUUAUUAUUUUAAAAUAGGAGUGUUUCUUAUUAUUUGGGAACUUUUGAACUUGUUGUGCACAGUGACAGACCAACAUUUAGCACUACAGCUGCUGACAUUUUAAAAUUGUUAGUAACAUAGUAUAUACUAAUUAUAAAUCAAGGAAGUCACCUCAUUUGAUAGCAGUUCA